GUCUCGUUCCUCGAUCAAGUAAAUUAAACUCGGAGGGAUUUCGGCUCCAAUCAGAGUUUUGCGAUCUUUUAAUCUCUUUCGUAUUUCGAAAAUGAAGAAUUUCAUGUUUUCCGGCCCAUAAAUUUUGAUCUUCGGGUCCACGGUUGUUCUUUUUACGGAGUCAAAUCUACUGACUUAUUUUUUCUAUCAAAUUUCGAGGGGAGCUGCAUUCGGAAUUCAUGAUCGAUUCCAAUGUCCGCGAAAACCGAAUGAACCUAAAAAUAUCGUUGUCGAGAAUUACCGGGGUCUGACGCAGGCUAGAGAAGCUCUGGGAACAGAAUCUUAAGGAGAGACCAUUAAGAAAUUGUGGCAGUUUUUUCGGUGGCUUUUUGCACUUUUUCAAAAUUUCGUUGUCGUAGAUUGAGCGCAAAGUCAGGGCCAUGUCGAGUCAAAUGGACGUGUACAAUCGGUACGGUAAAACGAUCAGGAAAAUCCUGUUGCUCGCUGGUCUGCGCCCGGUCGUGAAUCCGAGUGUGUUUUAUCGUUUGCUUCCGUUCGUUCACGUAGCGGCUGAGCUUUGGAUGAUUUUUGCGGUAUUCAAUUUCACGCGUUUGCACGCGAAGGAUUUCGAGCUUGUGAUCAAGGGGCUCGGUUUAGCUCUGACUUUCCUGAUCAGCGUACUGAAAAUGAUCUGCUUAACGGUUCAUCGCGAUCGGCUGCUCGACCUGCGAGACAAUCUCGAAGGGACUUUCUCUCAAGAUCUUGAGGACCCUGAGCUGAGACCGAUUUUGCUCUCGCCUCUGCUCACGUACUAUCGACCCUCGCUCGUAUUUUCAUUAAUUCUCUACACACUGUGCAUUCUCUACUCGAUCAUACCGAUCGUCGUGAUCAUCAUUCAGCUCGCCCACGGUGUCGGUCUCGUCAAAUAUAUUCUCCCCUUCACGACUGUCUACCCUUGGUCCAUCGGUCCAAAGAACAAAUGGUUUUUCAUGAUUCUGUACGUUUUUGAAACUUACGUCAGCGUGUGCAUCACCAGCACGGCAGCAUCCGUCGACGCCCUCUUCGGCUAUUACAUUUUCCAAAUAUCAGGAGAACUUCGCACUUUGGCUCAUCGUUUGAGAAACUUGAAAGCCAACGGACACUAUGACAAGGUCAUUAGGGAGUGCGUCUCGAGACACGAGAUUUUGACUCGAUGUCAAAAUCACCUCGAACACAUCUACGGACCGAUCGUUCUUUGCUUGUCGAUUUCCAACGCUCUUAUCAUCUGCGCUAUGAUUUGGCAGGCUACUCACGUCGACCCGAAAAAAGCUUCACCGUUCGUUCUUUUUAUCGUCAUGAAGGGCGUUCAAACUUUGUUUUAUGGCUGGUUCGGCUCGACCUUGACUACUGAGAACGAGAAAUUUUCCGAGGCAAUAUACGAGAUCGACUGGCCAGGAUCGGGGGAAAAAUCUCUCAUGACGAGUGUCCUAACGAUGAUAUCGUGCAACAAGCCAUUCGUUCUUAGUGCAUGUUCCGUGGGGACCAUAACCGUCGACAUGUUUAUUGCAGUCUGCAACACCGCUCUCUCGUACUACUGCAUGCUUCGUACUUUAGAGGAACAUAAACUGAGGAAACAUCGAGAAAACUUGGGUUUGUCGAAUCUCGCAUUAGAGCCGAGCAGAGUAAAGAUUCGCAAAAGUAACGACGAAACGUCGAUGCUCGUCGACAAGUAUACAAUGUACGAAAGUGCGCUGAAAAAAAUGCUGACCUUCGCAGGAGUUUGGCCCAGAACGAGAUCGAGUGUUAUUGAUCGUGUUUUGAUGGGCGCCCAUGCAUUGGCAUCGGUUUUAAUGAUCUUCGCAAUCACGAAAUUUUGUCUCGAGCACAUUCAGAAUCUUCAUCUUUUCUUGACGGGUCUCAGUCUGGGCCUCGGUUUCGUGACUAUCAUACAAAAAAUGAUAUGUUUGACCUUUUAUCGAGGCGAUUUAUUCGAGCUGCAUGUGACUCUGGCCCACACGUUUGCAAAAGACUACAACAAUGUUGAUUUGCGACCGAUUUUAAUGUCGCCAUUUUUAACUUUUUAUCGGCCUUACCAAGUGAUGAUGGGAAUAGCGUGGUCAGGAAUGGCACUUUACUGGAGCGUUCCUUUGGUUUUCAUACUAAUUCAGAUCGCAAAGGGAGCAAACGUCAUAAAAUACAUGCUCCCUUUUCCGACCUCAUUUCCUUGGCCAAUAAGUGCCAACAAAUUGGUUUACGCAGGAAUUUACAUCUUCGAAAUCUACGCAUCAACCUGCCUCAGUGUUUUUACAGUAGCCGUUGAUUCCCUCUUCGGUUAUUACAUCUUCCAAAUAUCCGGACAACUUCGCACCUUAUCCCAUCGGAUAAGAAAUUUAAGCUCGAGAGACAACCAUCGACAAGUCAUCACCGAGUGCGUCUCCAGACAUCAAACUUUAACGCGUUGCCAGGAGAGCCUCGAACGCAUUUAUGGACCAAUCGUUCUUUGGCUGUCCGUUGCUAGCGCAAUGGUCCUGUGCGCCCUCAUCUAUCAAGCCGCUCAUUUGGAUCCGAGGAAAGCUGUUAUCGUCGUCAUGUACAUAUUUAUCAAAGGCGUCCAAACAUUGUUUUACGGCUGGUCUGGAACAGCUCUGUCAACCGAGAACGACAAUUUUCGGGAGGCCAUAUACGCCAGUGACUGGGCAGGCUCGGGCGAGAAAACCCUCAUGACAAACAUUUUGAUUCUCUUAAUAUACAACAAGCCCUUCGUCCUGAAGGCGUGUUCCGUCGCAACCAUUUCUGUAGACAUGUUCAUCGCUGUCUCCAAUACCGCUAUCUCCUACUACUUUAUGUUACGAACGUUGGAGGAGGCACAAUAA